GGCAGACGGGGGCGUAUAAGUUGCAGUAUAUAAGGGAUUCGGCGGGCGACCUUGGCUGGAGCCGUCCGUUCAUCGCUCGACCCGAGUGAUUGUGCCUCCGUCCCGAUCUGAGAUCUGCGAUUGUUGGCUUCAUUUCACGCGCCCUGUGUCUCCACACCGCCGGUCCUCCUACUUCAUGCCCGCAGACCCACCCGUGAAGCACAACCCCGCCGCCCGCCAGCGUCGCACUGCGCGCAAGGAAAGCGAGGACCUCAAGUCCGAGGGCGGCACCUAUGCACGCGAAAUAGAGCUCAAGCGCAGCAGAGGCGAGAUCUCAUGCGCCGAAUGUCGCAGGCUUAAGAUUCGCUGUGACAAGACCAUCCCAUGCCAGUCGUGCCAGCGGAGAGGAUGUGCAGCGUUAUGUCCGAAUGGGAGCCUUGCAACUGGCCAAGGCACUCGGUUCGUUCUUGCUGCGACAGAACACCUGCAUCGCCGAAUAGCGAAGAUGAGCGAGAGGAUAAGGGAGCUGGAGGAUGCACUCACGAUCGUUCAAGCGAAGUGUAGCGACCAGCCCCAUCCGCUGCUAUCGGAAGGAGAUGCCCACCUAGUGAAGCAGGACUCACCCAUGGCAGAACAAAUACCGAGCGGCUCGCGGAACAUGAUAGACUCCUUCGGGAUGUUGUCCCUAUCGGACCAUGGUGCCUCGUCUACCUUCUUCGGUCCCACGGGAGGCUCAGAGUACCUCCUGGUCGACGACCGCGACCCGUUAAAAUCCACUUGGGACGGCAGUGACCCAACCGAGUCCCCGCGCACCUCCAAAAGCCCUCCAAUAUCGGCCCGCAUCUUGCGUGCCUCUGAUUCAUUCCCAUUCCCGUUCGUCGGGCCGUCUUCGGAGGUCCACGAGCUCCUGUUGGAGCAUCUGCCCUCUCACGAGCGGGCGCGCCAUCUGGCGGAGGUGUACGUUGAACACGCAGCAUGGCUGUUCAGGGGCGUCACAAGAGAACAGAUCCUGGACGAGAUGGUGCCCUUCGUAUAUGGCCAACCUAUCGAGACAGAAGACGGCACGCCAGUCGAAUACAGCAACCCUCACGACCUUGCGCUUCUAUACGUAGUUUUUGCCAUCGGCUGUCUAGUAGACUUCAACCAGGAACCUGGGAGCACGGAAGCUGCGGGGUACGAGCAGCUCGCUCGCGCGGCUAUGAGCCUGAAGUCUGUAUGGGUCAAGCCGUCCUUAACAACUGUCCAGACACUCCACUUGCUCAGCAUCUAUAAUGGCAUGGCUGAGGAUGAAUCGAGGCCCGAUAGCAUGUCAAUGGAGAUAUCAUGGGGUGAAUUAGCACUGGCCGCUCAAGUCUGUCAAAUUCUUGGCCUUCACCGGGAUAGUUCGAAAUGGGGCCUACCUGAGAAGAUAGUCUAUCGACGUCGUCUCUUAUUUUGGAACAUUUUUGAGGCGGACGCCUGGCAGGCCAUGGGUACGGGUCGACCACCGUGUUUCAGCCGUGGUUAUGUUGAUUGCCAGGCUGCAAUGGCACAAGAUCUCAUGGAAAGGGACGAUAUGGACACAGUCUUCGAGGAGUUCUUCAUGCGAUUCUCGUACGAGUGCGUCGCCGAAGUCGCCAUGAAGACUCUCGCAGCGGAGCCGCCGACCUACGAGACGAUCAUGGAGUUGGAUCGACACGUUCGCGACUUCCCAAUACCGCCGGAGGCAGUAGCCGUUCUGGAAGACUUGGCUCCCCCACCCGAUGCCGAGCCACCCACGGUCAUCCACUCAAUGGAAACAAUGGUGAUGGCUCAUAGUCGCGAAGUCUUGUUGAUGUACAUCCACCGGACGUUCUUCGCGCAGGCCAUUGUGGACUGCCCAACGAACCCAGUCAAGAGCGAAUACGCCCAUUCCUUUCUGACCGCGUACAGGGCGGCGGUCGUCGUGCUCAAGACCGUCAAGCAGCAGUUUGGCAUGUACCCGGGUUUGUGUGCGCGGAUCUGGCCAAUAUGGACGUAUGCUUUCUCAGCAGCUGUUAUCUUUGGCAUGGUGGUCACUCGUGGGCCAAGGUCGCCACAAGCGCAACAAGCCAUGUCUAAUCUGGAGCUUGCCUGCGACAUGUUUGCACAGGCAUCCCAGCACAGCCGCCGAGCCGCUAGAGCCAAUGUGAGUCUUUACCAUGGUCUAUAUCUGUUCCUGACUGACGGCUGGGACAGAGCGUCAUCGUGAAGCUGCGGGAAAGGGCUCUGUCCUCUCUGGCCGCUGCUAGAGGUACUUCACUGGCAGUGCCUGUCCCUGGGGGCUCCGGCUACGAUGGCAAGGGCUUCGAGCAACAAGACGAGCUGGAGAUCUUUGCCGGUCGGAGGACCGUUUCUGCUUCGAGCGCGCCCAGACGCGCUUCUCUGUCACCGGCGCGCCCAGGCCUGUCUGUGCAGACAGGACAGAUGGCUUCUCCGUCAUCAGCUGAUUCCCUGGCCUCCCAUGCAUCAUUUCUGCCCCCUCCGCAUCAGCAAAACGCCGUCCCGCCAUACUCGAUGCCCGGUCCCUCCGAUAUGGGUGGCUGGACCUUGCAGCAGCAACAGCAACAGCAGCAGCAGGUCCCUAUGGCGUCGUAUCCUCCUCACUCUGACCAGUG